AUGCCUGCCAUUGAACCUAUCACUGUCUACGUCCUCGGUGGCGGUCCAAACCCUUUCAAGGUCUUGAUCACGCUGGAAGAGCUUGGCAUUCCGUAUGGAAAAGUUGAGGUUGAAGACGUCAAGAGCGCGGGUUUCCUCAAGCUUAACCCCAAUGGUCGCACACCGGUCAUAGUUGAUCCAAACAACGACAAUUUUACUCUUUGGGAGUCUGGCGCCAUCAUCGAGUACCUCGUCGAGACAUACGAUGCACUCGGCGCCUUGACCUUGGAGGACAGAGAGCAGAUGGCUGCUCCGACAACAGAAGACAUCCCAACAGCCAACAGCAGGUACAUUGAGCAGAUCGUGAGGGUGUUCGGGGUCUUGGACGGCAUCCUCAAGGAUCGAGAGUUCCUUGUUGGAGACAAACUCACCUAUGCCGAUCUCUCCUUCAUCCCAUGGAACCGAGUAGCUCUCGAUGCCCCGUUCUUCAGGGACGAAGCUCUGGGACAAGCACCACACCGGGGAACGAUUUCCCAACUUCUUGGCGUGGCAUGA